AUGGAUAUGUUUUGUCAAAGCAGUCAGCCUUCUAAACCGCUGCCCUUAUCAAUGCCACCUGACUCUUAUUAUUCACCACAAGGUGCAUUUCCAAUUUUCAACCGUGGCUCAACAUUUGCGCCUAGCGAAAUGUUUGAUCCAAAUACAGGCCUGCCACGGCAACAAGAUAUCCACCACGGAGGACUGCAACAAUCAACAAAUCAAAAAUGUCCAAAUACGGAGCUGUAUAAAACUGAGCUUUGUCGGUACUGGUCUGCUGGGAUCCCUUGCAAGUUUGGGAGAGGCUGCUGGUACGCUCAUGGGGCACAGGAGCUGCAAAUAGCUCAGUUUGUAGUUCGCGCAAGAAAUCAGAAUUUGACCUCUUAUCAUUAUGAAAUCAGCAAUGCUCCGUGUUUGAACACUCCAAUUCCAGCAAUUUACCCAGAGGUUAACAACCUUUUUGUGACCGAAGUCCCACCUUCUUCCGAGGGUUCAAGUCUCCCUAAAGCAGUUGGCGCUGAACGUAAGUCUAAACGAGUUAAGAAAUAUUCCCAGUCGGAUGACACCGUGUUCAGGAUGGAUGAUAUAGACCCAGUAGACCUGAGUUUUGAUCAAUGGUCGCCUAAUUGCGGGGAUAGCGGUAUUUCAUGCGACCGACGUUCUUCUGAUGGACUGUCAGCUGCGUCAUCAGAAAGAGAAUUACAUUUACCACCACUUCCCCCGAUAAGUAGCUCCAUCUGGACCAGCUCCGACAGACCAAAACCACACCAAGAAAGUUCUGAAAGGAGAGAUGUGUGCGAUAUGUUUGUCUGGUGUGGUUACUGUCUUAUGGGAAACGCUUGUCCUUACGUUCAUCCUUCGAACUAA